AUGAAAUUAGGAACUCUAUUGAAGCUUUUUAAUCAAUAAGAUGAAUAAUAAGUUGGAUUCAUAUAAUUAGAGCAAGUUGAUAAGAUUUUAUUUAAUAUUUAUGAAUGCAAUAAGGAAUGUAAAUAAAUUCUAAUAUUAUAGAUUAAAUUUAUUUUGAUAAUCUUCUGUUAAAAGGAUGCAAAGAAUUUUCGAUAGAAGAUAUUAUAAUGCUUAUAACAGAAAUAGAUUAUUAUGAAGAAUUAAGACAAUCUGUAAUAUAAUAAUAGCAAGAAUAAAGUUUAAAUUAAAUAUAAAGUGAAAUGCUUAUAGCAUAAAUAGAGGUAAAUUAACGUGAUAGAAGAAGGAUAGAUUAUUUAAAUAAUCCUUAUAUAAAUAAUUUAGUUGCAAUGUUGAAAGAUUAUUAUAAAAUCUGUUGUAAGAAUGGAGAUGUUAAGGAAAUGAAUAGAAUAGAAAAUAGAAUACAGCAAAUAAAAACAAAAUAAUAAAAAAGAUGGAAAAACUACAUAAAUUAAUUACAAAAAUACUAAGAAACUUUGAUUUAAAAAACAGCAUUUGAAAAUUAAUAUAAUUAAUAGAAAAAAUGGAAUGAGUUUGUUAUAGAUUUUUAGAAUAGUAGAUUCUACAAAUUUAAUAUGCUUCUUGUAAAAUAUUAUUAAAUAUUAAUAGGAAUAACAAAAAAAAACAAUAUAAGAGAUGAGCAAAUAGUUUUAAGAAGAGCUUUAACCAAAAGUUUUCAAAGUAUCAAAAUAAGUAUUAGAUAUGAGAUCUAAAUAAAAAUAAUUGUUAAAAUUAAAGGAAUUUUAGUAGGCAGAAAAAGUAAAAGAAGAAGCAGAUUUGCUUGAAUAUUUAGAAAAGAAAUAAUAAGAAAUGAUUGUAAUAUAAUUUAAAUACGUAAAUAGUUAAAAUCAAAAGUAAAAAAUAAGUUAAAAGUAUUAAAAAAAAGACAAUCGUAUUAGAUAUCAGCAUUUAUGUAGAAAGUAGCUAGUGAAUAAGCAACUCAUUUAUUGCAAAAAUAAGCAAAUGAAAAUAGAUGGAUUAAUAUAAAUAAGCAUUGUGUUUAAGAUAUUAAUGAGAGAUUUAAUAAAGAUAGGAUUAUAACAUUAGCAUCAAGAAGAUCUUUUGAUGCUUGUAGACUUAGAAUAAGAAGUGCCAAUCCUUAAGUAUAAAAGACUAAUAUUUCUCAUUAAUAGAAUUCUUAAUAUGAAUGA